UUUUGUGGAGAAAAAAACAAAAACAAAACAAUCGACUUUGAACCAGGAAUGGCGCAUAAAUGCUGAGGUGGAUUUUAAUGGGUACGGAAUAUUAUGAUAGUAAAGGCCCGCGAACACCAAAAACGAUAAAGUUUGAAUAAUUGCGCUAAUAUCAGAGAUGUGUUAUUAAUUUCAGGGUAAUUUCAGCUGAUUAGCGAUAAAAGAAUUAACAGCCAAUCAGAAUCCAUCCGACUUUAAAGAGCGCGAGCAUUUACGUCAAAACUUCAGCGCGCGCUUAUAACGAAUAAUAUCGCGCGUUGGCGCUAAUAUAGUAUAGUCGUUGGCGUGAAAUGUUCGAAUACAUUAAAAAAGCCGCAGUGUAAAACAUGGUAUUACCAUGGUAUUUCUGUACGUGUCCCGCGCGGGUCUGAUAUUCCAGAUGAGCGUGACGCAGGAGUUCCUCAUUAAGCUAAUGGACUGAUCUGAGAUCUGAUACAGUCAAACUCCAGCAGAUCACUUACAGAUCAGAUCUGGACGCGAUUCUCCGCGCUCUUUCUGUUUUCUGCUAUUGUGGGUGGAAAUAAACACCCGCUGAAGCGCCCGAAGCUUCUGCCGACGCGCCGCGACACUCGCGCGUUCGCGGACAUGUUGUAGAAACGCAUCCGAGCCGCAGGUGAGACAUCUGAUGCUCCGCUAAACACCUCCAUCCGCGCGAACCUGCGAGGAAGAUGAGGAUCCGCGCACUCUGAUGAAGAUCUGAGCAGGAUUUGAUGUAGAUGAUGGUCAAAUAAUAUCUCAAUCUGUGUUGUUUGUGGACUGUGAUGAAGAUGAUGUUUAUGUACUGUGUGGAUGAAGACGAUCUCUGGACUGUGAUGAAGAUGAUGUGUGGAUGAAGAUGAUGUUUAUGGUGGCUGGAGCGGUUCUGGUGCUGGUAAGAAGAUCUGUGUGAAGAUUCUGCUGAGGAAUUACAUAACUCUCUCUCACAAUGACUGCAGCUCAACUUUAUUGAUAAUUGCCAUCGUGUGUAUGUCCGACAUGAACGCGCUGCUGGACCGAUUUCACAACUUCAUCCUACCGCGCAUGCGCGGACCCGAGCGCGUGUGUCACUGCACCUGCGGCAGGCAUCACGUGGAGUACGUGAUCCCGUACGAGGGCUCGGUCUCGGCCGGCUCCAUCGGCGGCUCCGCGACGGGGAGCAGCGUGAGCAAACAGGAGCUGGACCUGGUCCUGGGUCUCCUGAUGGGCUUCUGCAUCAGCUGGAUCCUGCUGUGGCUGGACGGGGCGCUUCACUGCGCGCUGCGCUUCUGGAGGUCCAGCAGAGCCUACGGUGCGGACGGCGAGCUGUGGCGCUCGUGGCGCUGGGUGUCCCGCGUGUGUAACCUGAGGGAGCUGCGCAGACGCCUGCAGCCGCGCCGGACGCCGGAGGACGCCGGGAAUAACGUGGUCCACGUCAAGCAGAAGCUGUACCACAACGGCCACCCGAGUCCACGCAGACUCUGACGAACUUUGCGUCCAGAUGUUCCUCGGUGUUUUUCUGCUUGCUGUGUGUUUUUCACAGGUUUUGUGAGUGUUCGUUUUGUAGGGGUCUUCACAUCACCGGGGGGGGUUUGCAUUUUUUAGACCAAUUUUUGUGUAUCAGGUAACAGUGUCUGUUUUAGAAACAGGGCAUGCUGGGUAAUCUGUAGAAAAACGGGAGGCGUUUGAUGUUUAGCUGACGUUUGAAGGCCAGAGAUCUUCUGAGUCUCUGAGUCGAUCUGCUGCUGUAUUUAGUGUUUGUGUGACAUUAAAGUGACUCGUUUGAUGGAGCACAAAUCUGUUUCAGCCCUCAACAUGUUUUUUACUCAUGAAAAUAUCAGUGUCAGUUUGUGUUUGUAGUCUCGAUGCUCUCGUAUCUUCAGCACACUGCAAAAAAUGCUUUUUUUAUUUAGUAUUUUUGUCUUGUUUCCAGUCGAAAUAUCUAAAAAUUCUUAAAUCCAGAUGCUUUUACUAUAUUGAGCGUCGCCUGCGUGUCACACCGGUCUCGUAUCUCACGGAGGAGCUUGGAUGUGAGGCGUCGGACUGGACAGAAGCUUAAGGUUUACUGACACACUGGUUUUUCAUGAGAUAUUUUUUUUUCUUGUUUUCAGGGGGGAAAAAAAUAAAAACGAAGUGAGUUUUUGCUUAAAACAAGCAAAAUGAUCUGCCAAUGGGAUGGGAGAAAUAAUCAAGAUGUAAUAAUCAAUGAAACAAGAUGUUUUUCUUAUCCCAUUGGCAGAUAAAACAAGAUAAAACAUUUUACAUAUCUAGUAAAAGACUCUGGAUUUUAUAAUUUUUGGAUAUUUAGACUGAAAAAAAAGACAAAAAUACUAUAUAAGCAAAGUUUUUUUCCCAGUGCAUCUUUGUCUUUCUUGCAAUGAGACAAUAGUAAUGUUCAUUUUGUUUAUUAAAUUAAAUUUUUGCUUAAUUUUGUUACUUGAAUUUAAUAUUAAAUAUUAAAUGAUAAUAAAUGUCACCCAAUUUCA